AUGGGCAAGCGUCUUCGCAAGCGCGUGUCCAAAAAGGCGCGUACAGAGUCGCACCAGCCCGACGGGAGCGACGACGUGAUCGGCGCAGCGACGGAUGUGCCUAGCGUGCAGCCGAUGCCGACCGCUACGACCCUCGUAGCGCCUUCCUCACCCCCACGCGCGACCGACCAGGCGGUAGGCGACGUGCCAGAGACAAUGCCCAGGUCACAGGCACAAGAGCCCGACGAUGAGGGCGAAGCAAGCAAGAAGCGCAAACGUACACGCAAACGCAAACGUGCGAAUGCACCGCAGGCAGGCCCAGAUCCAGCUACCAUCGACGGCCUUAGCGAUUCCGCUGCCAAGGCUAUCGCGUAUACCCAGCUCUAUUUCCGCGAGAAGAGUGCAUGGAAAUUCAUGAAGCAGAGACAGAACUGGCUUCUGCGCCAUGUGCUAUGGUCGCAGGAGCUUAUCACGCUGGGCCACCAGCUUGCUGAGCAGGCUACGUCGCUCUCUGCGCUCGGCGAGGACGUGCGUGCGCGUCUACCUCCUGCUGUGCCAGUGCCUGAAGAAGGGCAUUGGGUACCUGAUGAACACGUGUCUGUGGUGGCGGUGUACCUGCACAGUAUGAUGGGCCUGGCCAAAGAGCGCUUGGUCGCGUCGCUGCAAGCGGCCUUGGACGUGCCUUCCAUCCCAGACGCUGCGCCGUUGACCGAGGUAACGGACGCGGCCAAGGCACCUGCUGGGGCAGCACCGACCGACGCUGAACCGACUACCUCGACGUCCUCCUCGCCGCCCAACGAACUUGCACGGCAAUGGCUCACAUUGCGUGCUGCACGUGCUCAGCAACUGCUGGAUGGGAUGCAGACAUGUGAGUGA